GCAGUGUUGCUCCACCCAGGGGACACGAUGAUGGGUGGGCAUGGGUUUAUGACCAGGAACAAUGUCAGAGCUCUGGGGGAAGGUGAAGAGGGAGGGAAGGAGGCUGGUGAGGAAGAGGCAGCCCUACGGAGGACCCACAGAGAGAUGCCAGUGUUUUCAUCUCGCAGGGCUAUACUGAGAGGACCAAAGGUCAUGACCUCUUCUACAUGUCACACUGAGGUCAAGCAUCAAUGUGGACCGACCCAUGAGGAGUACGGCUAUCCAACACGAAAACGGAGGCAGGUGUGGACUCGUCGUGCGGACCCUAACGCGUUCUGGCCUGGUCGUGAGGAGCACGUGCGUUUGUACCUGCCUCAGGUGGGUUUCUCCCCAGGAGGCGUUCUGUUCCAAUGCAUCCAACACACUCCUGCCCCCAGCCCUGGGAACUGGCCAGUCAGCCCACAGGGCUACUCCACAUCUGGAGACAUUGACGGACACAAAGUCUACACACUCUAGGACCUUCCACCUCCUCAGGCUUUCCGAACUUCCUCGAUCCCUCCACCACUGCACACAACUGCCUGUAACUGUUUAACCGCCAACUGAAGAGUCAUGGAACAGUUUGGUCACUUAUGGAACCUCUUUAAAACUUUUAGUCACAAUAAAGAAUCUUUACCUCGAAAUGGAACCUUCUGGAACAUUCCUCAAAUUCAAUCUAGAAUCUCUUUAAACUCAAUGAUAAAAUGUCAAUAGUUAACCCUGUCUGACCUCUUAGGAAUGUGUCUGACUGGUCUAACUGUUUUGUGAUUAAAUGCGUCUGAAUGGUC